AUGGGGAGCUGCCCAGAGGUCUCUCUUCUAGGUGAGCUUGUCGAACUCCGCCAGAGAGGUCGUAUUGUGGUGGUGGAGCGGAUCUGCCAGAGCCUUCUACAGAACCCACUUUCGGCAGAUGCUUCAGACAGGCAGGAAGUCCUCCUACAAGACGUGAAGGAUAUGAUCCCAAACUUGGAGGCCAACCUGCAACUUGGCAGAGUCACUGUCGAGUUGAGCUGUGAGAGCCUGGUUGCGGGUGAGAGGCAGCACAAAGUGGAGACAGACACCAACCGUUUGAGGAGAAUUGGAUAUCUCACGCAGCUGCCUGAGCUCAUUGUAUCUCACCUUCUGGAGGGUGCUUGCGGGAAGAUGAUCCAGGCGUCUUUCUUUCUCGGCUGGUCGACUCUGGGGGUAAAUCCUGGGUGCUUUCGGGUUUCGGGCGUCUUAGAGCCCAGCUAUCGUUGGCCCCAGCCGCAUUUGGCCGACGAAUCGUUAAAGCAACGCGGCCUGGACUGUGAAGAGGCGGAGCUCAUCCAGGUUGGUGCGGAGCCGGCAGAUGCCAUUGGAUUUGUGGCGGCGUUUGGGAGCAUGGUCUGGACGAAAUCCACCUUUUGGAGGCUGGGUCAGGAGAUCCGCCUCGAUGUGAUCCUCCUGCGGCCGCGCAUCAGCGCUGGGCGUUCGGUGUACGUGCGCCGGGGCACCAUGGUGUUCGCCGGUGACAUGGUGAGGGAGGACCGCAACUGCUCCAGCUGCCAUGCUGCUGUGCUCCCAGUGAUGCAGUCCUCACACUUCCUCAAGGUGCAGAAGCAAGAGAACAUCCAGCUGGGCGCCACCCUUCCCAGGGCCUACAGCUGGUCAGCAGAGCUCGCGCCCAUGCGGUGCCGAUCGACCGGCUGGCAUCCUCCGAGCGCCCCUUUGCCGCCCCGACGCCCCGCGCGCUCACCCAGCAGCUCGGCAGCGUCCUGCACCGGUCAUAACUGGGUGACGCGCAGCUGCCGCUUCCGACGGAUGUGCUACGAUGUCGAGGCGGAAAGUUUUGAGUUCUAUGGAGGCCCAAGCAAUGACCUUAGCGAGGACUACAUGGUGGGCCUCUCGAUGUUCAGCGAUAGCCGCAUGACCUGGAAGCCCAAUCUGGUGGAGGCUCGCUGGCGUGAACCCGAAGGGUCCGUGCCAAGUCUUGAAGAGGAGCAAGAUGGAGCAAGCAUGCUGACAGGCAGUCUGCAAGAGCGCUCUCGUUCGCCCGCGGCCACUCAAGUGACGGGGUCGCCGUCACUGGCCGUGGUCGUCUUCAGCGGUGUAGAGGAAGUCAGGACUACCUUGGCACUCUAUGCCCUCAUCAUGUCCAACGAGGAUUUGAAGGACACCGAGAAGGGAGGAUGCAUGCACGGGUUUUUGCAGCAGAUGCAGUUCUUUCCAGAUGAAGAAGUGCAUGGUCGCCGUUGGAUCUUCUUCCUGGACGACUGUUCCCUUGAGCUCCAAGGCGAUUCCAUCGAGUUCUGCAUGCAGUUCGUGCCGAAACCCAUCAACUGCAUCCAGGAGAUCCCACAUUUAUGCGCGAAGUUCACCCAGCAGUUGUGGCCCUUGCUGACCGACUGGGCCCCCUUGGAGCAGAGGGCGAUCCAGCCGCGCUUGGGAGCGACCAGGCGGUGUCGCCCGCGCUCAACGAAGCGGAUGGAGAGACAGGGACCAGUUUUGUUUGUGAGCUAUUGGGAAAUGUUGGUCCAAUGGGCUGUAGCAUUUGUGGAGGAGUUUGAGGAGUGUUGA